GUAGUAUCAUCACAGAAUAGAUAACACCUUCGAUAAGUGAGAAUUAUCGCUGCAUAAGCUUAAUAAUUAAGUAGGUAUUUAAGUAUAAUAUCACUAAAUCAGUCGUUCUGCGUUCAUUCUUUCGUUUUUUGUCAGUCAACCAGGUACGUCCUUGAGGCCGCCUACUUACCGGUACUAUUAAUUUUGUCUUCGUACUUAUUCGACGAAGCGCGUACUACAUCAUUACAGUUACCAAUAUUAUUUUUAUUUUGAACGGUGUCUUGACACAGGCCGCGGUAGAGAAUACAUCAUAAAAUUAUAAGACCCUUUUCGUCGGCGGUCGCUCCGAAUCAGAUUUCCGCCGCAACCUCGUGCAAUCCCCCUUUCUCACGAUGAGUCUCCAGUGGACGAUUAUCGCGACGUUUUUGUACUUUGAAGUGGGCGUGCUGAUGCUGUUCCUGGUGCCGUACAUGUCAGCCAAACGCUGGAACCGUCUGUUCCGGUCCCGGUUCUAUCAGGCGCUCAGCGCACAGGCCCAAUGGUACUUCACAUUCUUGCUGAUGAUUCUGGUUUUGUUCCUGUUGGACUCUGUGCGUGAGAUGCGCAAAUACUCCAACCCUGAGCUGAACGACGCACAUCAACACUUGGACCACGAAAUGCAGGCCAACAUGCGACUGUUUCGCGCCCAGCGCAACUUUUACAUUAGCGGCAUCGCCUUAUUCCUCAGUUUUGUCAUCAAACGUUUUAUAGCCCUGGUCACCCUGCAAGCGUCGUUGGUAGCCCAAAGUGAGGCGUCACUAAAACAAGCGCAGAGCGCUAGCGCUGCGGCCAAGUCUUUGUUGACACGGGACGAUAACGGAGAUGGCGAGUCUGAAGUGUUGACUGAGCUUAGGAAAGAACUGGAAUUGAUCAAGGCUGACCGUGAUGCGAUCAAAAGUCAAGCCGAAUCUGUCUCCAAAGAAUAUGACAGGCUCAUGGCAGAACAUGAAAAACUUCAGAAGACUGUUGGUAAUGAAUCAAAGAAGGAUGAUUAAUCUAAUUUAUUUAACUAUUAGGCAUAAGUUUUAAGUGUUUUAAAAAUUAUGCUGCAUUUCUGAAUUUAAACUUCAAACUAUUUGUUCAUUUGUUGGGGUGUAUUAUUUUUUUUUUUUUGUGACCUAGUAACUAACAUUACUAGAAUUGUAAAUCUCAUAAUUAAUCACUUUUGGUAUUGUAAUUCAUGUAAAAAAUAUUUAGGGACUUAAUAAAUUAAUUAUUUUGUUGUAUUUAUACUAUUAAAACAUUUAUUUUUUAAACUUAA